AGAAUUAGUCUAAUUUGAAUCACGCAAAUAAAAAUGGCGUUUAGUAAUCAUUAUUUACCCUAUACAGACGCCAAUUAUAUAUAAAUACAAGGGCUUCUAGCUACAUUACCUCACCACCAUCUUCUUCUCAAUACAUUCUUAUCACAAACAUUCUUGCAAGCACAACACUCAUGGCCGGCUUUAACUCCGUUGCCGAUUUGAUUAAUUUUUUUUUUCAAUCUUGAAAGAGCUUAAGUGUUUGGCAUAUGGACCUGAAGUUCACAAAUUUUAUGAUUUCUGAAUUUGUACGAAUGCUAAUCCGCCGGUUUGUGUAUUAAGCUUAUGGAGAAUUGAAUGGGGUGAAGGUUUGUUUCAUUUAAUAUAAAAAUAACAACUUUGUUAUAUGUUAGUGUUGCGUGACUAAGAAAAUAUAUGUGUUACUUUCUUAGGGGACUUCACAUUUAUUACAAACACCGAAGGAUCUCAAAGGCUUUUCGAUGAUGACCUGCCAGAAAUUCAGGAUUUCAUAUUGAGGUGCUCAAUUUGUUUCCUUUUUUUUCACCUUAGCAGUUUGUCUUAUCAUAAUGCUAUUAUAACCAUUUAUAUAAAAACCUUGAGUUAUUUUUUAAUUCAAUUUUAUAUUUAUAUCAUUCCAGGAUUCCACUGGUGGCAUGAUUGCAAGUUAUAUUCGAAGCUCUCAUUUACGAUCGGAUGCAAUCCCAAAAAAAGUUUUAUAUUGCCAAUGUUUCAUUUUAUCUUUUACUUCAUAAUUUAUUUUUAUACGUUUUUGCUUGCUUUUUGAAGCUUAAUUUAUAUAGACAUACACAAGUUCGGCUAAACCCUUUAUCAUAUAAAAUGUAAUAUUUCUUUCUAUGAUUUUUACCUUUCAAAUACCUAUAUAUUUAAAGUGAUAAACUAUUUAAAUUUAUUCAUUCCGCGCAUGGCGCAGAUUAUCACCUAGUUAUCUUAUUAUUUUAUCGAUUUAUAUCAUAUUUUAUACCGGUCCAAGUUGGGACCGACGAAAUUUAUUAAUUUAUCGAGUAUUCAUUUGUAUCCUUCUUAAUUGAUAUCUAGCAGAUCCUUCUAUUAUAUAAGAGAAAUUGCAUUAAAUUUCUUUUCAAUCUUAUAUUUUAAUUAAUUAAUCAUCAGAUAUUAAAGAAAAUCUCAUCCUCAUAAAUUAAUUAGUGUUUUGUUAAAUUGUAUAUCCAUUUUGCCAAUCUAACAAAACCGACACAUUUAAAGUUUAUUAUCUGUGUUCUUUAAUUAGAAAGCUUUUAUCUUUUAUCUACAAUCUUAGUUGUUUAUUUUCUAACCUUUUAAAAUUAUUUUAAAACAGACGUGUCAUAAUUUGAUUCUAAUAACUAAAUUAUAUAUAUGGUCUCUUAAUGUAAUAUAUAUUGACAAAUCUAAAAGUUAAUGAAAAGUAAAAUUUAAAACCCAAAAAUCACAGUAACAUAAUUGCUCUUAUAUUUUGUUUUUAAAACAUAAUUGCUAUCAAAACUAAUGUAAUCUCUUCUAGAGAUUUAGUUUCCUUCUAGGCUUAAAUCAUAAGACAUAUCAAUGUAUGUUUUCUAAUAUAAAUACUCACAUGAGUUUAAUAAUGAUCAUCAGUUAACAACAACCGACCCUAGACUCUUUUCAGGACAAUAACACCAAAACCCAAAACGAAAUCUCAACACCAUUCACGGUAUGGAACUACCCCAUGGCUUAAUUAGAGAUAUCCUCGAGAAACUACCGGUGAAAUCUCUGUUAAGAUUCAAAUCCGUGUCAACGCAAUGGAAAUCUACGAUUGAAUCUGCAUAUUUUAAGAAAAAACAGUUGUUAUAUAGUCAACUACAAGAUCCAGAUAUCCUUAUCACCAAUCGCUUUGAAGGUGAAGAUAAAGAACAUGUAACAAGGAUGUUCACGAUAGGUUCGUCGGAUUUGAUCAAACUGCCUAAUGUUUGCCCUGUGCCUAUGCCAAUUCCCUUGGAGAACAAAAAAUCAUCGUUUUGUUAUACCUAUUCCGUUUGUGGUUGUGACGGUAUGAUAUGCUAUUACAAUUACUUCACUUGUAUAUAUCUAGUCAAUCCUAAUACUAGAUGGUUACGAAGUGUUCCUCAAGCGGGGCAUCAAGAAGCUGCUCUCAAGGUGAUGAAUAAAAUACAUGGAACCUGGACGGAAGAUAACGAUGGCAUUUUAUGUAAUCUAGGAUUUGGCAAAGACAAGUUCACAGGCAGAUACAAAUUGGUUUGGUUAUAUAAUUCAUUUGAGUUUACUCUAAGUAACACUACAGUUUGUGAAGUUUAUGAUUUUAAUAACACCAACACUUGGAGGUAUGUGACUGCUUCUCCUGUCCGUAUUUUUGAUGAACAAGCUCCAGUACACUUAGAUGGAUCACUUUACUGGUUCACUGAUGAGUAUAUCACAGACACAAAAGUAUUAUCUUUCGAUAUCCAUACAGAAAAAUUUCACAUGAUCGCAGAAGCUCCAUUUUUCGAAGUAGAUGAGAAGGAAAUCAUCAUGUGCACUCUGAAUAACCGUCUAUGCGUCUCGCAGAAGGAGUGGCCAAAACAAGAGAUUUGGUCACUAAAUAAUUCAGAUAUGACUUGGGAGAAAAUAUAUUCGUUAGAUCUACAAACUGAUUAUGAUUGGUUUACGGAUUAUCUGCCACCACCAUGCACUUAUUCGCCAGAUGUUGUUCCAUGUGCCAUUCCUGUCGCGGUUUUGAAGAACAAGAAGAAAACACUAGUGCUUUAUUAUCCUCGUGCGAAGAAUCCGAAUCUUUUAAUGUACGAUCCUGAAUCAAGAUCAUAUGAUUUAUGUUUCGUACGUGAUUACAUAGUACAUUCUUGCGAGAGUUCAUUUUCUUGUUUCCCAAGUUUGAUGUCAAUUGUAUAAAAAAUAAUAAUUAAUUUUGAGAUAUAUUAUAGUUUAGUAUCCUAGUUGUUGUUUAAUAAUAUAUCUUUAACUUAUUUGCCUUGCGAAAGCCAAAUAAAAGGGUUACUCGCAAUUGUAGUUUAUGUUACAUGCAUGGUUUGAUUUGACAAAUCAUGUUCACCAAGCAUGUUAUUUAUCUUGUCUAAAGUUUCUCCACUCUAUCUUGAAGUGAAAGUAUCACGGUUUUGGUUCCUUUUUGUGAUGACUACAACUCUGCUUGUCUGGAACCUUCAAACUCAUCGUGCCAAAGUAAUGGCUUUUCUUUGACCUUGGUUGUAUAAUCUCUCGGUAACUAUAGAGUACCAUGUCCCUCUAUCUUCCUUCAUCACUGUCCUACAACCGUGUCAGCAGACCAUGCAUCUUCCUCAAGACAUGGCCUUUAUGAUAACACCUCUAACCUUUCUCUUCCUCAAAAUAUCAUCAAUGUUUAUGCUGAACAAAUUUAAGAUAGAGAAAUGAAAAGGAAAACUCAAACUAAAUUACAAGCACAUCAUUACUAAUGUGAGAUGAGAAAAAUCAGGUCUCCACAUAAGAAAAUGCGUGUGAGGGAAAGAAAAAAAAGAAGAUGGUUUUUGGGCCAUGGCACAUGGCAGCCUGGCCUGUAGCAACACAUAUAAGCUUUAGUUGAUUAUGACACUGGAGACCUUUGUGUUUAGAAUCUCAGUUGCUUUAUACCUCACGACAGUGGUAGUUUGGGCCAGGAAGCUGAGUUGAAUAGAAUGUUAUAACACGGAGAGAACUGUAAACAGAAACAUCGAUAAAGUGAAAAAUUGAUAAGACUCAGCAAGCUUGAACCAUAGUAACUAGUAAGGCAGGGGAAUUACAAUUAAGAAUGCUACAACUCUGCACCAAAUCAAGACGGUGUAUAUUAUUUUGCUUUUCAGGAUGAAUGGAUGGAAAGUCCACUGCAAUAAAUGCCCAAAGAGUAUCCAUAUCGGAAUAUAACCAUGUAAUGGCUGCUAACUCUGACAAAGUUCUGAAGAAACUAUGUGACUCACCAGGAAAAAGGAAACAAAUACACUAGUGAACACAGUCUCACUUAUGUAGCUUCUCUCUUGACCAAGCUCCUAUACAAUCGGGGAACAAAGGCAGUCUGAGCAUAUAUAUAUAGCUGAAAGGUCUGAGACAAACCGGAAGAAGAAAGAAGCCAAGAUCUUGGAGAGUGGGUCCUGCGCGAUGAAUAGAAUGAACUCCUCUAGCAGCUAAUUAAACCAUGAAUGUACUGCACAACAUAACAAAAUGCAAUUCACAAAGCACAAACUCAUAAGUAAAAUCCCAGAGACGAAAAAGCUACAUUAACCACAAACUAACACACAAAAGCCACCUCUCUUUGGUUAAGAAAAAACAAUCCUACUAACAGUGUUUCUGCUGAAAAGAAAAAGAAAAAAAAAAGAGUAAAGGUUCUCUCAAAAGUUACCAUGAUCAGACAUUCACAAAGUGUCAAAACAACACAACCAUUGAUCAGACUUCAACAAAAAGAAACAGGAGUCAUCAUUAAGUAAAGCUCACUGUGAAGAAACACAUCUCGGAAAGUCAGGAUCAACGUAAUAAACAUUUUACAAUUUUCACAAACCAACAGUCAGCAGGAUCAACGAGAUCAUAAGCCUGUUACAUUUGCUCUCACCUAUGAUCCACGAUUCGUUUUUCUUCUUUAGAGGUUGAAUUGAGUAAAGAUUCGGACAGAACAUUUCAGUUUAUCAAUCUGCAAAAUAAAGAAUGAAAAUUCUGACCCACGUCGAAACCAACAUUUAAAUAGCUAGGAAUUAGGUAUGUGAGGUCGAACAUUAGUGACAUCAAGGCAAUAUGUAACAGAGUUCAAAUGUUGCCAAAUAAAUCUUUGUAUUCCAAUAUUUUUGAAAAACAAGCUAAUAAUCAGUCUUUACGGUAAGAAAACUAUGUAUGGGACAGUUACAAACAAACAAACCAACAAAAGCGGAAAAAGUUUCGAGUUUUUUACCUUCUCACUGUGGCGUUGAAGGGAAUCACCAUUUCUUAAUGAUUUCUUCUUCAGUAAGAGUGCUUCUAGCUUCGAACAACCCAAGUUUUUGGCACAUCUCACAGGGAUUGAUUGAUAAAUCAGAAAUGUAUACAAAAAUCAUGAAGAUACUUGCAAUAAAGAUUUCUUAGUGUGUGAAAAAAAAAAAAAAACUACAAUAUUAAGACUUAAUAAGCACGGUUCUAUAUAUACAAAUAAAUAACAGCAACAAUAGCUGGAAACCCACUAAGCAACAGACAUAAAAAAAUAACAAACAAAGUGGUUUCAAGUUUCUCUCGGGUCCGCUUUUCGAGGAGCCGUUUCAAGCAAGAAGCUCCGGCGGCAUCACCGCCAUUCCGCGUCCGCUCCGUGUCGUCGUCCUGCAUUGUGAAGAUGUAUAUUCUGUAUCAGUUCGUGAAGUACUACAUGAGGUUUCGGGUCUCUUCUUCACUGUAUCUAUCCUCAAGCCUCCAUCAUGUCUUGCGUUGGUCUCUCCACCCCUUCGUAUAGCUGAGCUCCGCUGGCCAGAUCUAUUGUCGCACACACCGCCACCCUUACCUCCUCUGGAACAAGCUCCUAGACGAGAGGUCGUCCCACUGCUACGCCGUCUCGAGUCUCCUAUGUCGAGCUCACAGGCGAACUUGUUUCAUCUCUCUCCGAGCAAGAUCCCGACAUCCUAACACAUUUCCUGGCCCAGAAGGUUUUUUAUGUGGUCUCCUACCACGACCCCAUCCACCACUCCAUUCGACAAAGUUCUUGUGCCUAUCAGUAUCAUAUACAAUUAUCGAAUGGAAGAUGGCAACAAUAUCAACAGCUGUACCUUAUUUACUCAAUGAUGCUCAUGUGGCUGAACUGAGUUCUGAGUUCUGAGUUCUGAGUUCGAAGACCGGCAGCUCGACAAACUUUCAUGGCUCCAUCAGGGUAAUGCUGGAACUAGAAGCUUUUGUCUUAACUCAAUGUUAGCUGCUGCCUUAGAAGUCCUCCUCAAGCUCUACUCUAAUUUCAUUGUCGUGGAUGUGGCCAUAUUCCCACUAUUGGAUUCAACCUAGUCCAUUUGUUCAAGCCACUGUCAUAUGUACUCAUCUUCUUCGAAUAGCUUUGUUCACAGUGUGCUCUUCUGCGUGCUAUUCAGCGUCAAAUACAAGUCAGUUAGGACUUUGGUCUCUUCUUAUUGCUGUAUCAACGUCGAUUUCGACGUUCUUUAGGUGAAACUUCUCCAUAGGUUUCAUUCAUCUUGCUGAGCUUGACUCGCCUCUUAUAGGCUUUACCUUUCUAUGUUUCGUAAUUUUUUUUUUCUACUUCGAGCAUGUCUCCCGUUAAACUUUCAUGUUUUUUGAACUUUUAAUAUAACAAAAAAAAGAUAUGGAAACCCAGACCAUAACUAAUGAGCUUGGUCUUCAGUAUCUAUUCUGAGACAUGCACAAAUGAGAAUUGAAACGAGGGAAAGAAAAAUUUUGAAGACUUGGAGGCUGUUAAAACUCCACGCAAAGCUUCAGCCAGGAAAAUUCAGAGAGUGUAUAAAAGAUUCUGAUCCAAUAAUACCUUGUAAGAUCAGCACUGGUUUUAAGCCCUCCAGUUGCACCUUGGACAUAUUGCAGAAGUUCCUUGCGCUUUGCCUAGAAAAAAAAAAAAAAAAAAAAAAGAAGAAGAAGAUAAAGAUGUUGAAGUUAGCUUGAAGAAACCUUAAGCAACAAGUUAUUUGAUUCCUAGUUGGAUUAUGAAUUGGUUUUCGGAUAAUGAUCAUAAUAUGUUUUAUGGUUUUUGAUUGCCUUAUAAAUAAUAAAAUAAGCUUUAGUCAUUAGACAAAAAGCGUGUGAGUUGUUGUGUGAUUGAGAGAACUUGAUUAAGUUUACUUGAUUAAUUGAAUAAGAGAAGGACUUCUUAUUAA